GGGCGGGAUUCUGCCAGCCGUGGCUGCCGCUGGAGCCGGUGUCCGGGCUGGUGAUGGGGUUAAUUCCCUUUCGUAAGACUCUUACUUGCACCCACCCAGCCCCGCCGUCGCUCCGCCGCGCCGCGCUCCAGCCGCCGCCUCCUCCUCCUCCUCCUCCUCAGUAACGCGGAGAAAGUUGCUGGACAUUCUGAGAAAUACAGCACAAGAUUUAAGAUGGCACUGAUAGGUAUGAUAUAUUUGAUCCAAGACAGUCCAUUCCAGUCCAGGUAUCUACAGUGGUGACAAGGACAUGGGACUCCUCCUGCCAGAUUACAGAUGGUUCAAUACAAUUGACAUCCUGGCUGACAACUGUGGAAAGGAACCUUGGAUUAUUUUAUUUUAUUUUUGUGGGACACCACAAUCCCAAAUCCAUAGAACAAAUCAGGCUUCAUUCUAAAAUAACCUUUGCUGAUGAGGAUGUCUGAUACUGUUAUUGUAAAAGAUGAAACUGAAACAAUGAAGGAUUUGGAGGCAGAAGUGAAAGAUACAACCAGAGUUGAAAAUAUUAUCAAAUCAGAAAACUAUGGAAAGAUUUUGGCAGAGAAGAAUGAACGUUGUAUUGACAACAGUAUUGAUUUACAGAGUAACAAGAUACUCUCUACUUACAUCUCUGAAAGUCAGCUACCCAUAUCUAUGUCUGUUGCUUUGCCUCAUCAUAGUAAUAUGUGGAGUGAGCGGCCAUUGCAGUCAUUUGGACAGACAGGAAAAAGGUCUAAGUCGAGCUCAAAGUUAAAGCUAGUUCGGAGCCUUGCAGUGUGUGAAGAAUCUCCACCACCCCCUGCUGCAGAGAUAUCACAGGAGAACCAGGAGAAAAUUCAGAUCCCAUUAACACAAUCAUUUGAAAAAGAGGAGAAGCCCUCAAAAGAUGAAGCAGAAAAAGAAAAAGCCAGUGAUAAGUUGCCCAGAAAAAUGUUAUCAAGAGAUUCCAGUCAAGAAUACACUGAUUCAACUGGCAUAGAUCUACAUGAAUUUUUAGUAAAUACAUUAAAAAACAAUCCCAGGGACAGAAUGAUGCUGCUGAAAUUGGAACAAGAAAUUUUAGAUUUCAUUGGUAAUAAUGAGUCUCCACGUAAAAAAUUCCCCCCAAUGACAUCUUACCAUAGGAUGCUAUUACACAGAGUAGCUGCUUACUUUGGAUUAGACCACAAUGUUGAUCAGAGUGGAAAGUCUGUCAUAGUAAACAAAACUAGCAAUACAAGAAUACCUGAUCAGAAAUUUAAUGAACAUAUUAAGGAUGAUAAAGGUGAAGACUUUCAGAAACGAUAUAUCCUCAAGAGAGAUAACUCCAGCUUUGACAAAGAUGAUAACCAGAUGAGAAUACGUUUGAAAGAUGACAGAAGAAGCAAAUCUAUAGAAGAAAGAGAAGAAGAGUACCAGAGAGCUAGAGACCGAAUAUUUUCCCAAGAUUCCCUGUGUUCCCAAGAGAAUUAUAUUAUUGACAAAAGACUCCAAGAUGAGGAUUCCAGUAGUACCCAGCAGAGGCGCCAGAUAUUCAGAGUUAAUAAAGAUGCUUCAGGGAGAUCAACAAAUAGCCAUCAAAGCAGCACUGAGAAUGAGUUGAAGUAUUCAGAACCCCGACCCUGGAGCAGCACAGAUUCAGAUAGCUCUCUUCGAAACCUGAAACCUGCCGUAACCAAAGCCAGCAGCUUCAGUGGAAUCUCAGUCCUGACAAGAGGUGAUAGUUCUGGAAGCAGCAAAAGCGUAGGCAGGCUUUCAAAAACAGGUUCUGAGUCUUCUGGUAGUGUAGGGUCAUCUACAGGCUCUCUUUCUCACAUCCAGCAGCCUCUUCCAGGUACAGCUCUCAGCCAGUCUUCUCAUGGCGCACCUGUCGUCUAUCCAACUGUCAGCACUCAUAGUUCUCUUUCCUUUGAUGGUGGCCUAAAUGGGCAAGUCGCAUCUUCUAGCACUAGCUUCUUUUUGCUUCCCUUGGAAGCGGCAGGCAUACCACCUGGCAGUAUUCUGAUCAACCCACAAACAGGUCAGCCCUUCAUAAACCCAGAUGGAAGUCCAGUUGUGUAUAAUCCUCCUAUGACUCAACAGCCAGUUAGACCCCAAGUGCCUGGACCUCCACAGCCACCUCUGCCACCCCCGCCACCUCAACAACCAGCAACUAAUCACAUUUUCUCACAGCCUGUUCGUCCUCUGCAGUCCUCUUCACAGCCUGUUCAGUACUCUACAGCCCCUUACCCAUCCCCGCUCCUGCCGGUCUCACCCACCCAGCAAUACUCCGUGCAGGAUAACCUUGGGUCUCAGUUUAGCCACAUGAGUCUUGCCCGCCAGCCAUCUGCUGAUGGUUCUGACCCUCAUGCCACCAUGUUCCAGUCCACUGUUGUUCUUCAGUCUCCACAGCAAUCUGGUUUUAUCAUGACGGCAGCCCCUCCACCACAUCCUCCACUGCCGCCGCCGCCACCCCCUCCUCCAUUACCACCUGGGCAGCCAGUCCCUGCUGCUGGCUAUUCUGCCUCUGGUCAUCCUGUCAGCCAGCCUGUGAUCCAGCAGCAGGGAUAUAUUCAGCAGCCAUCACCACAGAUGCCAGCCUGUUAUUGUGCUCCAGGACACUAUCACUCCAGUCAACCUCAGUAUCGCCCAGUCCCUUCUGUCCAUUACAAUUCACAUCUAAACCAACCACUGCCACAGCCUGCCCAGCAGACAGGGCUGGGUUUGAACCCGCCACCUCCGGCAUAUGGGACCGGUGCCCUACUCCUUGAGCCACAGGCGCCGCCCCUAAAUUCAGUUUUUCAUGUGAGAAACCAUUCUCUAAAUGUGAACAGUAAGAAGCUGGACAUUCUUAGCCUGUUAACACAUAGUUAUCAAGUUAUACCUAACCAGCAGCAAAACUACCAAGGAAUAGUUGGAGUUCAGCAGCCCCAGAGUCAGAACCUAGUCGGUAGCCAGCCCAACAGCAUUGGAAAUCAGAUUCAAGGAGUAGUCAUCCCCUAUCCUUCAUCAUAUCAGGUUUCACUGCCUCAAGGUUCUCAAGGAAUUGCCCAUCAGACUUAUCAACAGCCAGUUACAUUCCCCAGUCAGUCUAAUCAAGGAUCUAUGCCCACAACAGGAAUGCCCAUUUACUAUAGUGUCAUUCCACCUGGCCAACAAAAUAAUUUAAGCUCUUCAGUGGGUUACUUGCAACAUCCAGGAUCAGAACAAGUACAGUUUCCUCGUACUACUUCACCAUGCAAUUCCCAACAUCUUCAAGGCCACCAGUGUGCAGCUAUACCACCACCACCACCUGGUGGAGGAAUGGUGAUGAUGCAGCUCAAUGUACCAAAUAAUGCACAAUCUCGUGCUCACUCACCACCUCAGUGGAAACAAAACAAAUAUUACUGUGAUCACCAGAGAGGACAAAAGUGUGUGGAAUUUACCAAUGUAGAUAACAUUGUCCAGCAUAACCCUCAACUCAGUAGCCCCAUUAUCUCACCAGCUCAGUCACCGGCACCAGUUCAACUGUCUACCCUGAAAACUGGACGUCCGUCUGGACCACAACUUUCCAUCAUGCCCCAAUUUUCUAGGUCUUUUGUCCCUGGGCAAGGAGAUGCCAGGUAUCCAUUACUUGGGCAGCCAUUGCAGUACAACCCUCCUGCUGUUUUGCACGGACACAUUUCAAACCAGCAGAGUCAGUCUAGCAGCAGGCAUGGAAACAGAGGAAGAAGACAAGCUAAAAAGGCUGCAUCCACAGACCUUGGUGCAGGAGAAGCAGUUGUUGGGAAAGUCUUGGAAAUAACUGAACUACCAGAUGGAAUAACUCGCAUGGAGGCCGAGAAACUUUUUGGGGAACUCUUUAAAAUUGGCGCCAAGAUCAGGUGGCUCCGGGAUCCCCAGUCCCAGCCCCAGCUGCGUCGUCACCCCCUCUGCUGUGGCAGCGGGGACAACACUGUCAACCCUGAACGCUGUAAACCCAGUGACUUGGCCUCCACAUACACUGUCUUAGCCACAUUCCCCUCCAUUUCAGCUGCACAGAAUGCAUUGAAGAAGCAAAUUAAUUCAGUUAACAAGUUUAAGCUGAGAACAAGCAAGAAGCACUAUGACUUUCACAUUUUGGAAAGGGCAAGUUCUCAGUAACAGAACCACCUUUGGACCCUUCACCUCUGAUUUCUUUGCCCUGUCCCAUGAUUGGCUUGGUAUUUGGAGCUUCUGUUAACAUUAUAGAGACUCCUAGGACAUGUGGUCAUGGCGUUACAGCUUGUGAAGAAACGCCAGUGAUCCAGCAAAGGGGGCCAAAAUACACACAUUUCACCCCACAUAACCAUAGGAAUCCACAUCAGAAUGAUACAGAGUUAGCAGGUUUUUCUAAGGAAAUACUGUUCAAAUGCCUCCUAACUUUUAUAGUUAUUUUGUUUUAUAUUUCUGAAUUCUUCUAUCAAAUCCAAAGCUCUAUUGUACAGCAAAAUUAUCCUUCAAAACGAUUAUAACCAGUUGCAACCUGUAUUUCUUUUGCAGCCAGCACAGUGCAACCCUACUUAGAAUUUUGGCGGGGGAAAGAAUGCAGGAGUGGAAUAACCAAGUCAAAACCAUGUUCUAUCUUCUUUUGGGUUGGAGAUGUCAAGGAGAGCCCACAAACAGAAGAUUACUCUUCCCCUGAAUCUCUAUACACAAAAACAAUUGCCAGAAAAUACAGAACUCCUCCCCUAUAGGGUUCUUUCCUUUUACAUUUAGGUAGUAUGAACAUUCAGUAUAAAGUAAAUUAUGUUCUUAAUGUCUCUUAAUCAAACCACUUGGAUUCAAAGGGGAAUAGGAAUCAUUCUAGGCAGGAAAAUACUUCCACUUUUUUUUCUUUUAAGUGUCUCUCCAAUAACUAAAUACCACUUACUUGCAUUCUCCUCCUUGUAGAUUUUUUUGUCACCUAAGGAAAUGCAUUUGAUGAGUGCUGGAAACUUAAGUGGUUUACAAUUUGUUUUCAUUGUUUGCAGCGGAUCACUGGACAUCAAAGAUUCAUUGCACUUAUGAACAAGGAACCUUCUUUUCAAUUUCUGUGUAAUUUGCAAGGCUGUACAAUGUGUGCUGAUGCAAGCCUUUUUCAGUUAAACAGAAUAAAUGUUUACAAAUAUA